AUAAGAAGGAAGGGAAGUAGCUUGAAAAAUCUUGUUUAAACCAAAACCAAAAAAUGAUCAACUGUCUUCAAACUGUUUCCCCUUAUACUAAUUAUAAUAAUAAUUAUUAUUUCAUAACAGUACCGCCAUCAUCAUUACCUCCAUCUUCUUACUACGUCUUUCAUAACAAUAACAAUUUAAAACUGACACAGCAUUUCCUCAGCAAAAAAUCCAACAAAAAAGAUAAUUUGAUUGUAAAGGCAUUACCAAUCAUAGACCCAUGGUCACCAACGAUAGAUUCACAAAGUAUAGCUUCACAACUAUUUGCAUUCUCAUUGUUUCCAUAUUUAGGUUUUUUGUACUUCAUUACCAGAUCAAAUUCUGCUCCAAAGCUUACCCUUUUUGGCUUCUAUUUCUUGCUUGCUUUUGUGGGUGCCACCAUCCCAGCAGGAAUUUACGCUAAGGUGCAUUAUGGAACUUCCUUAUCAAAUGUGGAUUGGUUACAUGGUGGUGCUGAAUCUCUUCUUACUUUGACCAAUUUGUUUAUUGUUAUUGGCCUAAGACAAGCGCUUAGGAAGCCCAAUGAUGCAAAGGACCUUGUACCUGAUGCAGAGGUACCCAAUGACAACACUCCUUCCACUUAGCUCCAAACUAUCUGUAUUUCAUUUAGGUUUUCUUAAAUCUGCUAUUGAGAAUUCGAUGAUAGAGAUAUAAAUAUAAAUGUAUGUUAUGAAACGUACAUUUUUUAUUUCUAGCAUGAGUAAUUUGUAAUUA